CGCACAAUCCAUUUGGUCACGCGAAGCUGUCAGGUUGUUUUUAGCCGUUUUUCACCAACUGACUAGCAGAACUAUAGCCUAUUGGUCUCGUAUGUUGCCCUCGUUUGUUUAGUAAAAAUGGAUAUGAUUUCGGUUACUUUUUGUUUAUUAAUUAAUGUUAUACAAAUUAUACAUUUUCGGAGGUUUGUGGCGCUGUGGUACAUGUUACGCAGGGAAGAGGCAAUAGGCCUGCCAUUACCUGCAAUCCCUGUUCCCCAACCAAGGACCAGGUCGUUGUGGAUGAGGGUGAGGAGCCAACAUUGGUGGUAUACCAUUGUUUUACACGAAUACACUGACAGCGAGUGGGUGGAAAACUUCAGGAUGACCAGGAGGUCCUUCCAUAAGCUGUGCGAAAUAAUGGCUCCUUAUAUGGCACCAGCAGCGACCACCGUCAGGGCACCUAUUCCACUGUUGAUGCGAGUAGCAGUGGUGCUAUACAAAUUAGGUAGCUGUGGCGAGUAUCGCCUUAUCGCCAACCAAUUCGGCAUUCACAAGUCAACAGUAAAGAAAUUCGUGUAUCAGUUCUGUGUCGGUAUGGUCGAGGGUCCAAUAAAAGAGCUCAUCCGAAGACCAACAGACGAAGAGGCAUCAGAGAUCGCCAGAAGAUUUGAGGCUGCAUACCACAUACCUCAGAUCAUGGGACUAAUUGACGGCACACACAUCCCCAUCCUUCCUCCCUCAGAUGGGUAUAGGGAUUUCGUCAACAGAAAAGGUUGGCCCUCAUAUGUCCUGCAAGCCGUCGUUGAUGACCGAUGUCGAUUCUGGAGCAUCAGCUGCAAAAUGCCCGGAAGUGCACAUGACUCAAAUGUGCUCAGCCAAUCGGAUCUCUUCAAAAGAAUGCAUCUGCUACCUCAAUGUGUGAAGACAAUUGAGGGCCAAGAAGUCCCUCUGCUAAUCAUUGGAGACCCUGCCUAUCCUUUGCUGAGGUGGUUGGUGAAGGCCUACAAACACUCCCCAGCAUUGACACCAGAGCAGUUGUCCUUCAACCUACAUCUAAGUCCUGCUCGGGUGGGUGUGGAGAACACUUUUGGGAUGCUGAAGGCCAGGUGGAGGGUGCUGCUGAAGCAGAGCGAGUUCCAUUUCACCUUCACCCCGAAAGUGAUAGCAACCUGA